UUGAGAUUUCAGACAUAUAACAUGGAAGACGAAUUAAAAGCAGAACUAAAUCAACCAGUGGAAAAAACAACAAACAAGGGCACUCAGCUAACAAGGCUCGUUAAGCUUAGAGUACUAAGAUACUUGAAGGCAAAUGGCUUUUCCCAGGGAAUCCUUAAGGAAGCUGCUCAAUAUCAAAAUGUGGACUAUACCGAUGCCGCUUUUUCUUAUAUAGCUAAGACCUGUCCCGAAGCAGAAGACUCAGUUAAGCUGGAGUGCGACUCUGUCAGCCUGAACAAUAUCACCGAGUGGCUGGAACUUUUAAAGGCAGCAGGGCUAUCGGACCUUUGCGAAUUCGAAGCUGCUGCUGUGGUAAAUUCCAUAAUACAAAAUGAGAAGCAGCCAAAGCCUAAAAGCUUAAAUGGCAUCGAUCUGAAGCAAGCCUACAAAUUUCUGGACAAUGCGCUGAUGGGUCUGCCCCAAAAGGAACUGAGUGAUGCCACCAAGGCUUUCCUUUCCAAGGAAAUAGAGCUCCUAAUAGCUGAGGCCAAUACCGACGAAUCCGAUGAUGUAGCCCGGAGCAUGGGACAAAGCCUAUACCAUCAGCAAGAAUUCAACUUUAUAGCGCAUCCGGAAAAGUGCAGCAGGGACCCUCUUUUCCUGGACAGAGACCAGACGUAGCGAAUAAAAUAAAGAAUAUGCCAUUGGUUCAUUUCCACACAUUUAUUAAACAUUUAAAUUCAAUUUUUGUUUUAUAUACGUACUCUGUCACAUGCAUUUGCACUUUUCAUUUAGCACUUUGUUGCUCCAUCAAUCAUCAAUUAUCGAUCCCACGGCUUACACAUAAGUAUUACUUCUAUGCCGAAUGCCCUAAACCUUUGUACGUAUUUAUAUUUGAUAAUUACAUUCAUAAUUAAGUACCUUCUAUA